AUGGCUUAUUUCGGUAAGAUGGUGGCCCCAAGAGACGGAAGGAAGCGUCUGUCGCUAAUCAAGAUGCCGGAUUUUGACGACUCGGUUAUCUUCAAACAAUUUGAACGAACUCUGGUUGGGCAAGUGCUUAACCCGUCUCAAGCACAUCGUGUCAAAGCCCUCCUAGCCUUUCUACCAUCGCUCUGGAAAUGUGAGGAUAGGGUCCGUGGUUUGGAAAUGGGGAAAGGCAGAUUCCAAUUCUGGUUUGAAAACGAAUCCGAUCUCCAACAAGUGAUGACAAAGUGA